CACAACCUAAUACCCUUUCCUAAUGCGCUUCUCGAUUGCUGAAGUUUCAGUAAUAUUCCUCUUCCCAAUUCCGUCUUCACUGAUUGCGAUCCAAGCAUUCUCUGUUUCGCCUCGAUCGCCAUGAUUCCCUCCAUUGGCAUCGGGCAAAUCCUAAACAAGAUAUGGGAUGCAGCUUCGAUCUUCCUCGCCAGGCCUCGAUCUCGUGUCGAAGACUUGGGCAGAGACGCGGAGCGAUUGAAGGCCAAACUGGUAGACGUCAACCGGGCCAUCGAUGAGGCUGAGCGCGACGGGAAAACCGCCACCGCAGAAGCUCGACUGUGGAAGCGCGAGGCCGAGGCGUUUGUAUAUACGGAGGUCGCCGCCAUCCAACAGGACUACGGGGCGAUGCGGUGCCUCGGAGGCUGGUCGUGGAAUUGCGUCGCCAUCAAUUGGAGGGUCACCAAGAAGCUGGAGGAGGCGAAGGAAUUGAUUAGCCGAGUGGAUGUUUCUAGGGUUGCCGCAAGGCUGCCGCCGCCGCCUGCAGUGGAGCUUCCGAUUUCAAAUAAUAUCGUCGGGAUGCAGUCGGAUGUGAUCCAGAUUGUGAACCAGAUUAAGGAUGAAAAUGUCAGGGUUAUAGGCAUCUACGGCAUGGGAGGGAUAGGAAAGACGACGCUUUUGAAGCUCAUCAACAACCAUGAAGAGACCUCCAAGCUCAAGUUUGAGCAUGUCGUCUGGAUUGUGGCCUCAAAAGGAUGCAAAUUGCAAAAGCUUCAGAUGGAUCUGGCUAAGAAGGUAGGACUGAAUCUUGAAGAUGAUGAGAGUGAAGAUGAUCGUGCUUAUAAGCUACACAACUUCUUAAAGGGAAAAAAUUGCUUGUUGUUUCUUGAUGACAUUUGGCAAUCCUAUGAAAUUGUCAUGUUGGGUAUGCAACCUCCUAAACGUGGCAUGGAGAAGAAGCGCAAGGUGAUAGUUUUCACGACGCGCUACGAGCAAGUAUGCACUGGAAUGAGUGCUAACGUGAUAAAAAAAGUGAAAGGUUUGUCAUCUGAUGAAGCAUGGGAACUCUUUUUGAAGUAUGCACGUGAAGAUGUAAUCAACUCAGAGCGACAAAUUAAUCAACUAGCAAAAGAAAUUACUAAAGAGUGUGCUGGUGUGCCCCUUGCUCUCAUCACCGUUGGACGAGCCAUGUCCGCAAAGAGGUCAAGAGAAGCUUGGCAUGAUGCUCUCGUGCAACUGAAGAAAUCACAGAUGCCAGAAGUCACAGGUAUGAAAGAACGAGAUCCUAUGUUUGCUGCCUUUAAACUUAGCUAUGAUAGUCUGGAAGAUGACAACAUAAGAGCCCGCCUAUUGUGCUGCUCUUUGUGGCCUGAAGAUUUUGAAAUCGACAAAGAUGAACUAAUACAGUGUUGGAUAGGUCUUGACCUGAUUGAUGAGUUUGACUCGAUCAAUAAAGCAUUCGACCGAGGGCACUCUCAUAUCGAGACUCUUACAUUUGCAUGUUUGUUAGAGCUCGUUAAUAAGAAUGGUGAAACGAGGAUCAAGAUGCAUGAUGUGAUCCGAGACAUGGCUCUUUGGAUGGCUUCAGAUUGUGGAUCCAAUCAACACAGGUGGAUUGUUAAGGCACGUGCUAGAUUGAAUCAAUUGGAACUAGAGAAUGAGCAAUGGCAAGUGGUAGAGCGAGCAUCAUUCAUGCAUAAUAAUUUGAGUUCUUUGCCAAGGCAGACUCCCACAUUUCCUAAACUUUCCAUGCUCAUGCUCCAACAGAACCCUAAGCUAGACUUAAUUCCUGAGCCAUUUUUCAAAGCUUUACCUAUUUUGGCCUUCUUGGAUCUCUCAGGUACAAACAUCACAGAUCUUCCGAGGGAAAUCAACAUGUUAUCUGAGCUCCAAUAUUUAAACUUGAACUUCACCCCAAUCAAAGCACUGCCAGUAGAGUUAAGUAGCCUUGCCAAACUCAAGUACUUGCUUUUGGUUGGAACUAAGCAUCUUGCCAAAGUACCCAAGGGAACAAUGUCCAACAUAGCUUUGCUCAAAUUGUUGGAUUUAUAUGAGAGCAAGUAUUCUAACUUGGAUGAGCUAGAAGGAUUUAAAGGGUGCCGGAAAUAUAUUGGAAUUACCUUGCACUCAAUGAUAGAUCUUGAACGGUUGGGCUCUCUACCGCAAUUAUUUACAUGGAAACUCCAACUACAAAGCAUGAGAGACUUGGCUUAUCCAAGCCAACUAUUUGAGAGCAUCAUGAGUAGCUACAACACAAGGCAGGGUCUUGAACGACUAGAGAUUGUAGAUGUCACGACAGGUGGUGAAUUAACAAUUGCUCAGAGCAACAAUGAUCAUGAAGAAGGCCUUGAAUGUUUGAGAUAUAUGACGCUCAUAACUGUCAAUGAUUUACAGGAAAUCACUUGGAAAGUAGUUGAGCAUCAAACGGUAUUUCCUAAUCUUCACGAAUUGAGCAUUUUUGAUUGCAAGAUGUUGAGAAACAUCACCUGGGUUCUUCAUCUACCAAACCUUAAUGUCUUGAAAGUAUCAAAUUGUGGUGAGAUGGAAGAAUUGAUAAAUUGUGUUGGAAGUUCCGCCAACUCUAGUAUUGGCUUACGCUUACUCUCUUUGGCUCGAUUGCCUUCAUUGAAUUGCAUCUCACGGCAAUCGCUAACCUUCCCCUACUUGGAGCAGCUAUAUGUAAGCUCAUGUCCAGAACUUAGAAAGUUGCCGUUUGGGGCUGAGAUUUGUCAAAACAAAUUAAAAGGUAUAUUUUGCCAAGAGGAUUGGUGGGAAAAUAUCCAAUGGGAGAAUGCCAAUGACAAGAAUUCGCUCCUCCCCUAUAUCAAGUUUGGUUUCCAAAAAAUUGUGUUGAAAUUGGGCGUGAAGUUACCUAAAGAUAAAUCUAGAAUUUUCAAGACUGUCAUUGAACUUCCUGGUGUUACAAGUAUGGCUGGACUCGAGUACGUGCCAUUUGACCGUGGUGGGUGACGGAGUCGACCCGGUGACACUCAUGAAUAGACUUCGAAGAAAGAUAGGUCAGGUGGAACUCAUCAGCGUUGGCACCACUACGGCUGAGAUCUCCAAGCUCAAGUUUGAGCACGUCGUCUGGAUUGUGGCCUCCAAAGAAUGUAAAUUGCAAAAGCUUCAGAUGGACCUGGCUAAGAAUGUAGGACUGAAUCUAAAAGAUGAUGAGAGUGAAGAUGACUGUUCUUAUAAGCUCUGCAACUUCUUAAAGGAAAAGCAUUGUUUGUUGUUUCUUGAUGUCAUUUGGCAAUCCUAUGAACUUUUCAUGUUGGGGAUGGAACAAGUAACUGCCGAGCAUGGCAAGGAGCAAAAGCGCAAGGUGAUAGUUUUUACGAUGCUCAGCGAGCUAGCUAGUAUGCACUAGAAUGAGUAGGGUUGUAAAUGAACCAAGCGUUUGUAAAUAAACUUGGUGUUCGGCUUGGUAAGAGCUUGUUUAUGUAGGUUCAAUAUACAUUAGAUUAAUUAAACAAACAAACUUGAACAG